AUGGACCACCUGGUGCCGAAAGUGUGCACACUGAACCUACCAGGAAUUUAUAAUAAGAUUAAUUGCAGAACAUUAAUUGCAAAAGAUUGCCUUCUCUUACAUCAGAGGCUGUCAUCUCACUGCUCGGGCGACGGCAAGGUCCCCGUCCAGUACAAUCAGGUGAGGAAUUGGUUCCAGAACCGUAGUACCAGGAUGAUGAUGAUGCCUCCAGUGGCGGAGGAACACCACCCAGUGGCCGAAGUACUAGUUCGAUUUACUUGGCUUGGACCCGAGGAGGAUGAAUGGGUUGAUGUUCAGAAAUGUGUGAGACUGCGUUCUCUUCAAUGUGUUGCCGUGCUGCCUGGGGAUCUCAUUCUUUGUUCUAACGAAGGCAAAGAGCAGGCCCAGUAUUUUGAUGCGCAUGUUCUUCAAGUUCAAAGGCGCACGCAUGACGUAAGGGGGUGCCGCUGCAGAUUUCUUGUUUGUUAUGAUCAUGAUCGCUCUGAGGAGUUUGUUCCACUGAGCAAGGUAUGCCGUCGACCAGAAACUGAUCACAUGCACCAAAUAUCCGAAAAGCCACACAAGAUAAUGGAUGUCAACACUGACAAGGUGACGAGGGGUGGGGUUCCCAUUCCACCAGAUCAAGGAGAGGCGUCUGACAAGCCGGUUGUUCCCUUACUAGACGCACCUACUAGCACCCGCAGCAAUUCAAUGGCACAUGUUGAGAUGGAGGAUCCAGAGGCUGCCCCAAACGACGAAGCUGCAAAUGAAGCACAUGGCAACAAGAUGAAUGUGGGAGUGUCGUUCUUUCGCUCCCCUGUGCGUUUCCUUGUGAACUUUUUAGUGAAAAAAAUGUUCGCCCAAAAACUUCCAAUCGAGGAAGGAUGCUUCCCAGAUUCGAACGACCUGAUGGAGAGGCUUUAG